GUUCCCAGAGUUCCUAUUGGGUCAAUACGGGAGGCUGCAAGAUGGCGGCAGUGGCAACCUGCGGCGCUGGUGCCGGGGGUACUGAGUCUAUGGCGGCGGCAACCAGCAAGAGCAACGUCACCAGUUUCCAGAGGAGGGGUCCUAGAGCCAGCGGCACUGACAGCGGCGGCCCUCGACUGGUGUCCAUUGCAGGCACGCGACCGUCGGUACGGAAUGGACAGCUGCUGGUGUCAACCGGGCUGCCAGCCCUGGACCAGCUCUUAGGUGGAGGUUUGGCCGUUGGAACAGUUCUUCUAGUUGAAGAGGAUAAAUACAGUAUUUAUUCACCCCUGCUCUUCAAGUAUUUCCUGGCCGAGGGAAUCAUCAACGGGCAUACUUUAUUGGUCGCAUCUGCUAAAGAAGACCCCGCUGACAUUUUACAGGAACUUCCUGCACCAUUACUGGAUGACAGCUGUAAAAAAGAAUUUGAUGAAGAUGUUUGUAAUAAAAAACCAGAAUCUGAUAUUAAGAUGAAAAUAGCAUGGCGUUACCAGUUAUCACCUAAGAUGGAGGUUGGACCAGUGACAUCUUCAAGAUUUGGUCACUAUUAUGAUGUAUCAAAAAGGAUACCACGAGAACUAAUUGAGACUUCAAAAUGGCAUGGAUUUUUUCUUCCAGAAAAAAUGUCUUCAGCUGAUAAAGUAGAAUGCUGUUCUUUGACCCCUGGCUACAUGAAGCUGCUUCAUUUUAUCCAGAACAUCAUUUAUGAGGAAGGAUUUGAUGGAUCCAAUCCUCAGAAAAAGCAGAGAAAUAUCUUAAGAAUAGGAAUUCAGAGUCUUGGCUUACCGUUAUGGGGAGAUGACGUUUGUUGCUCAGAAAACUGUGACAGCAGUCACAGCCUUAGCAAGUUCCUCUACAUUCUCCGUGGCCUGCUGCGAACCUCUCUUUCAGCCUGUAUCAUCACAAUGCCAACACAUCUUAUCCAGAAUAAAGCUAUUAUUGCUCGUGUUACAAACUUGUCAGAUACAGUUGUUGCUCUGGAAUCAUUUGUUGGUUCUGAGAGAGAAACCAACCCAUUGUAUAAGGAUUACCAUGGUUUGAUCCAUAUACGGCAGAUCCCUCGGCUUAAUAACUUGAUUUGUGAUGAAUCAGAUGUCAAAGACUUAGCUUUUAAAUUAAAAAGGAAGCUAUUCACCAUUGAGAUUGAUUUAUUUAUUUGAAAGUACACAGAGAGAGAGAGGUCUUCCAUCCCCUGAUUUACUCCCCAAUUGGCCGCAAUGGCUGGAGCUGUGCCGAUCCGAAGCCAGGAGCCAGGAGCUGCUUCCAGGUCUCCCACGUGGGUGCAGGGGCCCAAGGACUUGGCCAUCCUCUACUGCUUUCCCAGGCCAUAGCAGAGAGCUGGAUUGGAAGUGGAGCAGCCAGGACUAGAACCAGCACCCAUAUGGGAUGCUGGCGCUUCAGGCAAAGGCUUUAACCCACUGUGUCACAGUGCUGGCCCCUACAAUGUGGUUUUCAAAGUCUUCCAACACACCUUAGUGACUCAACUCAGUUCUUACCAAAUCCAAAUCUAACAACACCAUCCCAUGGUUGAGUUUCCUACCCCAGGGCAAAUUCCUCAAGAUUCUAUUAUAACAUGCCAGCUUCUAAUUUAAUUGAUGGGUCAUAUUCAUGUUCGUUCUCUAUCAUUCCAGUAAUGGAAUCUGUUUUAAUUAAAUAGUAAUAUAAUGAAGUGGUUGAUGAAAUUAAAUAGAUAAACUUGUGUGAAUUUAAGAUUAUCUACGUCCAUCAGUCUCUGAACAGUGAUUCCACCGUGGGUUUUAACUUACCUAUUAUGACCAUUGAUGUUGACAACCUAGAAAGUUUCUGCUUUUGUGGUUUUUCACCCAGCACAAGUGUUUUGUCAGGUAGUAUGUGAUACUGAACAAGAAAAACCUCACCUUAUCAUGCUUUGGUUUUCAUUCUGUUGUUAAUGAUUGGUUGACAAAAAGGGUGAAACUUUUUUAAUUAAAAAAGGUUGAAAGAUUUUGAAUAUCAAACCUAUGUCAUAUAACCUAACUAGCUGUCUUCUUAUUGCUAGAUAGAUGUUUGUGACUUUUCAUACAUCAUUCUUUUCAGUGAAAAUUAACAAAAGUGCUUAAUAUGGUUUUACUUAAAUGAGUGUACAUGGUGAGAACUAAUCUUAUAUUCUGAUAACUUUAAAAACAAAUAGCAAAAAUAAGUUCUGCUUAGUGUGCUCACGUAAUGCAUUAAUCCUCCUCCAAGGUCGCUAAUUUAUAAAUCUAUCCCAUAUAUAUUUCCUUUUAAUCUGAAAACAAAAUUAUGGAAUUUAAAUUUUUAGUUUUUCCCAUUAUUUGGAGGUGCUGUGAAGGCCUGACAAGUAAUUCUAUAGGAAACCUCUGCUUAGAAAUAAUUGUUCCUAUCCUGAAAGACUGAAGCAUGUGUAGUAAUGUUAGCAUUACCUUAAGAACAUAAGGAAAAUAUGUCAUUAAUACAUAUUCAAACUGUCCUUUUACUUUUAAAUAGAAGUCUUUAGUUUAAUUUUUAUUUAUUUUCAUUUUUGGAGAGGUAGAGGAACACAAAGACUGAGGUCUUCCAUCUUCUGGUUCAUUCCCCAAAUGCCUGUAACAGCUAGGUCUGGGCCCGGCCAAGGCCAGGAGUGAGUAACCCAAUCUGGGUGGGUAGCAGGGACCCAAGUACUUGAGUCAUGGGCUGACUUCCUAGAGUGAGCAUUAGCAGGAAGUUGAAACAGAAACCAUGCUGGGAGCUGACGCCACGGCUCAAUAGGUUAAUCCUCCACCUAGCGGUGCCGGCACACCGGGUUCUAGUCCCGGUCGGGGCACCGGAUUCUGUCCCGGUUGCCCCUCUUUCAGGCCAGCUCUCUGCUGUGGCCCGGGAGUGCAGUGGAGGAUGGCCCAAGUGCUUGGGCCCUGCACCCCAUGGGAGACCAGGAGAAGCACCUGGUUCCUGGCUUCGGAUCAGCGCGGUGCACCGGCCGCAGAGGCCAUUGGAGGGUGAACCAACAGCAAAGGAAGACAUUUCUCUCUGUCUCUCUCUCUCACUGUCCACUCUGCCUGUAAAAAAAAAAAA